ACUAGAAUCCAGCUGAAUUCGGAGCUGGGGCACUUCACAGUCAGGCUGCAAAUCAAGCAGAUGUGCUUGCAGUGAAUUUCUGUAGUGUCUGAACCUUUCUUUGUACUGAAGGUGACUACACCUUCCUUCCUCUGUGAUUUUUUUUCUUUUAUUUUGCAUUCUUCAUAAAGGGAAUGAAAUGGAGAAGUUGAAAAAAUAUGCAUCAGUGAAAGAUGAAGAUCAGUUUUAUCACCAGGGAGCUGUGGAGUUGCUCGUCUUUAACUUUCUGCUCAUUCUUACCAUAUUAACAAUUUGGUUAUUUAAAAAACAUCGAUUCCGCUUUCUGCAUGAAACUGGAGGAGCUAUGGUUUAUGGCCUUGUAAUGGGAUUACUUAUACGAUAUGCAACAAAAGCAUCAAAUGUUGAAAAUGGAACUGUUUAUGAAUGUGAAAAGCUGGAAUCUGGGCCAUCCACCCUACUUCUCAAUAUAACUAAUCAGGUCUAUGAAUACCAAUACAAAAGAGAGAUCAGCCAUCACAAUAUCAAUGGUCACCAGGGCAAUGCAAUGCUUCAAAAGAUGACAUUUGAUCCUUCCAUAUUCUUCAACAUUUUGCUGCCACCCAUUAUAUUUCAUGCUGGUUAUAGUUUAAAGAAGAGACAUUUCUUUCGUAACUUAGGAUCAAUUUUAACCUAUGCCUUUUUGGGAACUGCCAUCUCCUGCAUUGUCAUAGGUUUGAUAAUGUAUGGUUUUGUGAAGGCCAUGGUACACAUUGGCCAGUUAAAAGCAUGGGAAUUCCACUUCACUGACUGUUUAUUUUUUGGAUCACUGAUGUCUGCCACAGAUCCAGUGACAGUCCUUGCUAUUUUCCAUGAGCUGCAUGUGGACACAGAUUUAUACACGCUACUGUUUGGAGAGAGUGUUCUAAAUGAUGCUGUGGCUAUUGUGCUGACAUACUCUAUAUCCAUUUACAGUCCUAAGGAGAAUCCUAAUGCGUUUGAUGCUGCUGCUUUCUUCCAGUCAGUGGGAAAUUUCCUGGGGAUCUUUGCUGGAUCAUUUGCUAUGGGAUCCUCUUAUGCUGUUGUCACAGCUUUACUGACAAAAUUUACAAAGCUAUGUGAAUUCCCCAUGCUGGAGACAGGUCUGUUUUUCCUCCUAUCUUGGAGUGCCUUCUUAUCAGCAGAAGCUGCUGGUCUCACAGGUAUUGUUGCAGUCCUUUUCUGUGGAGUCACGCAGGCCCAUUAUACCUACAACAAUCUGUCAUCAGAUUCCAGGAUGAGAACUAAAGAGUUGUUCGAGUUCAUGAAUUUUUUGGCUGAGAAUGUCAUCUUCUGUUACAUGGGACUUGCACUAUUCACAUUUCAAAAUCAUAUCUUCAAUCCUCUUUUUAUUUUUGGUGCAUUUGUGGCAGUUUUUAUAGCAAGAGCUUGCAACAUAUAUCCACUUUCCUUCCUUUUGAAUUUGGCUCGAAAACAAAAGAUUCCCAGGAACUUUCAACACAUGAUGAUGUUUUCAGGUUUACGUGGUGCAAUAGCAUUUGCAUUGGCUAUUCGAGACACAGGAUCCCAGCCCAAACAAAUGAUGUUCACAACAGCACUGCUUAUUGUGUUUUUCACUGUCUGGGUAUUUGGUGGAGGCACAACACCAAUGCUCACAUGGCUUCAGAUCAGAGUUGGUGUAGAUCCAGAUGAAGACCUCAAAGGACAAGCUGCAAGCCAGAGUGCAUCUAAGUUGGAUAAAAAUACAACCAAAGCUGAGAGCGCAUGGCUGUUCAGAGUAUGGUAUGCCUUUGAUCACAGAUACCUAAAACCUAUUUUAACCCAUGCUGGUCCACCUCUCACAACGACGUUACCCGAAUGGUGUAAUCCUGUUGCCAGACUUCUGACCAGCCCCAGUGCAUACGGAGACCAACUGAAGAACGAGGACACCGGUUAUAUCAUAAAUAAUGAUGAACUGAGUGAAAACUACGAAUCCUCUGCUCAUACACUAGGGCCAAAACAGGAGAGAACAGGCUGCACCCAGGCUACAGGCAAGGAAGAUAUUUGUGAAGGAGAUCUUGGAUUAGGAACAUACGAACUCCGGCUUGAACACACAUCAUGUCAACGUCAGCUAAAUUCAUUGGCAUGAACAGUAAUUUAAAAUUGUAAAUAAAAACUAAACCAAAGAAAGAACAUUACAUGAGCAAGAGACUAGAAAGAGUACUAAGCACAAAAAUCUUAUAUCUUACUGAGUAAAUUCCUGUUCUUCUACAUAAAGUUUACCGUCACUUAUAUAACUACAACAAUAUGCAGUCUUUUUUUUUUUUAAACCGUAGCAGUUGUCAUCAAAAAGGUAGGCACUGCCAGCCCACUGUAAACCCAUUACAGCCGCAUGUUUUCUCACAUUGCAUUUGACUGUAUCAUGCCACUCACACAUGUACGCUGGCCUUUGAAUGCAUCUUUAACCAGCCGGGAUGGAAAGAAAUAUCUUUCUAACAUACUCAUGCUCCCAGCAGUUUUUAUACAGCUGCUCCUGAACAGAUCCACAACACAAUGGAGAGGAUUUUAGAAAUAAAAGCAAACAUUUAACAGCAUUUCCUGCAUUCAAAGCAUUAAGGUACCAUCUUAAAAAAAAAAAAAAAAUCUUUCUCAACACUCAGAGUUAAAGCACCCAAUUUGGGUUCUCUUGUUGCCUAGCAAAUAUACAGCCCCAACGCUCCCUAGGCUGUCUUUAAAAGGACAGAAACAUCUCCCAAAUGAUCCAGAAAAGCCUGCACACAGAAAUGAGCUGCUUGAGGCACCUAGUAGAAGAUGGCUAAGAAGUAGAAUUGUCUCAAGACCCAGAGAGUGGUGAGAUUUAAGCGGCUAAUUACAAACUCCAGGGAGGCUCCCAUCAAGAUGCAAGCUUUUGAUUCAUAUAAGAACAACAUGUAGCAUAGUUUUUUGCAUGAAGCAUGAUCAGAAGUGCUGCUUUCCCCAGCACUCCCCACAUCAAGAUUUUCUAUAACCCAAAGUGUACGAAACAACAUUACCUCUGCUUAGAAGAGAUUUGAAGCUGCAUCCUUCACCCAAAUAUAAAGACUCCAGCCACUAAGCCAGUAAAUUAUGCUGAAAUAAGAGAUCCUACCACUGUGGAGAAUGUCCCACUUGGUACAAAAAAAGAAAAAAUACUUGGAGGGAAAAAAGAUGAACGAGAUGCAUACAUGUGAGCACACGAGCAUCACUAGUUAAGUAAACAUAAACUCUAGUAGUACCUAUUGAAUUUAUACAGGAAAGGAAGAAGAUUUUUUUGAAGAGUACAUGAUAUAACAAUACUUAACAUGCAUUGCAGAACCUCAAUCAAGUUCCUUCAUGCUCACAGUGUAGCCUUUUCCUGAGGACCAGUCCAGGAGCUGCUUUCUAAAUACGCCUUAUAGCAUAGUUUGUAUAGGGUCACACCAUUAUGCCAUAAAAUGAACAGUUAGUCAGGAGGCAUUCAAGUUGGUAAAAUCAGCAGCUGUCUCCCCACACACACACACUGCUGCACUGAAUGGGCAUGACCACUGUUCAUACAACAAUUAUUCCACAAGGCAUUUGUCAUUACAGUUUCAUAGCACAAAACUUACAAGCUGAAAACAGCGUUGUUGUUUGUAAAAUAAUUUUAAGUAUAUACUUUAAGACAUCAUCUGUUUUAUUUUGUAUUGCCUUAAGGAAAAAGUUGUCUCUAAUCAAAUAUCUCUGGAAAAAAUAUAUCUUAAGACUGGCAACAAAGAUAAACCUCUUUCUGUACUUAUUCUGGGCACACACUUUCACAUUGGUAGUGAAGUCAGUGAUAGUUAGAUAUAAAAACAAGAGGAGAAUUUAGGUAUGAAAGUAUUGAUUGUUUGCAUAAGUGCAGGAACUGACUAAACAAGUGGUCAAUCACAUACACAAUGAGCUGCCACAUACUAUUAUCACACGUUAGGGUAGAUCAGCAUUUGUACCAGGGAGGUACUGCAAAUACAGGGGUAAAGACGGGCUAUUGUUCUCACAAUGUGUACCUUUCCUAACCUCCACAGUUUGAACUAACAGUGCAUGAUAAUGUUCCCAAUCAAGUUUUUUUAGUAGUGUCAUUCUCAAAUGCACAGUCAAUAAGCAAGGAACUUGUUAACCAUAAGAAUAAAAAUCAAGCCAUCUCCAUGAAUAGAGAUAAGGCUGAAUACAUCUUGAUUUCACCACAGAUGGAAGCUGAAAUACAAGCUUCAAUAUAAUCAAGCUUUAGUCAUUCUUAACCAGUAAUUAAUUAGCCUGGAAAAGUGUGGCUCUAGAACAAUUGCUUUAAGCAUAAGUUUGACCACUGGAUCUCUAUAUGCCAUCAUGAAAGAUCAGAAGCUUAAACUGGCAUUUUAUUUUCCCCCAAACACUAAACAAGUAACUUCAAAGGAACUCAGUCCCCCUGUGGUUUAAAAAAUAAAUAAAUCAGGCAUGAAAAGUUUUCAGAAAAAGUAGUGAAUUUCCAACUCCCUGCCUUGUUCAGCUUUGUGUUGUGGAAAAAAGAUGCAUAGUAGGUCAUGAGAAGGAGAAAGGGUGAGAAAGUAAGGUUUUAUUGCCUAGUACAGUACUGCGCAUCCUGCAGCAUAUUGUGGGAAGUGGUAGAGACAACAGGAAGCAGGAGAGCAGGUAGAGACAUGCCGCAGUGAGAUAAAUAUGUGGCAACACCAUGAGAAAUUAUCAUGGACGGGUACUAGCAUAGUCCUGAUUUCAGUAGCUAAGAUAUCCUGUUGCAAUCUUCAGAAGUACUGAGUACUUGCCACCAAGCUUCCCAAAUUCCUUGGGAAGCAUGGACCCCAGUCCUUAGCUUACAGGGCAAAUCAAUAAACUGUUAUUAAGAAGAUGCAAAGCUGUUUUUCACAACUGCUACAUGACCUGCAAAUGACAAACUCUUCCCAAAAAGAGUUCUGCUCUUAGAUUCUGCUCUGCAAUCCGUCCCACAGUAUACUCUAUGGGGUUUUUGAUUUGUCGUCUCUGUGUCCAAAUCUCUCACACUUGUGAGAAAUGUGAUAAAUGGAGAGCUCUGGGGUCUGAAGUUCUGUUUAUUCAAAAAAGAGUCGGUAGUGAGAACUCCCCUCACUGUUGUGUCUGUAUGCCUAAACUUCACUUGGUAAAGAGAGUCGUCUCUUGUAACAGGAGAGUUCUUUCUUCAUGACAGAUUUUUAUGCUGUCUGUCAAGAAACUCAAUCAGUGGUCCCAGCAAGAUGGAGCUUUAUCCUCCAGGACUAUGAUCAGCAACAAAAUACCAUUGGCUUUUAGGAAAUGUAAUUUGAGCUGCAAGCAAACCUGAAACUUGUAUUAAAUGGCAAUAAAAGUCCUGAUGAUCCA